AUGGCCAUUGUAAAGCAAGGGACAGAGAAUACAGAGGAUGAGAGUGAUGAGCAGGAUAUAACUGAGAUGCAGGUUAUUGGCCUUGACAAUGGGAGUGUCUCGGUGUUUCAGAAACACCCCAAGAACAACAGCUACCACACUACCGGCUUAGAGAUUUGGAAGCAGGACCUGAUGCUCACUCUGCAUUUCUUCUUCUGGAUUGGGAAUAUCCCCCUCCUCAUGUCCAACCUCAUUCACCCCAAGUGCUUUUGGAGAAUGAAGCAGAAUGAAGACAAGCAUGGAGAGGUGGUGACAGGUUGUGUCUUUUACCUUAUUGCAGAGCAGAGCAGUGAAGUGAAGGUGGACUUGAAAGAGAAUUUCAGGUUUGCCCUGGAUGUGCUAUACAGGCAGGAAUCCCAUGGAUAUCAGUGUGUCCAGGUACAUCAAGCUGCAAUGAGAACAGCCAACGAUUCUUCUACCAAGCUCACCUAUGGACCUUUCAAUCCUAUCCUGAGUGAUCAUGGACAGUUUUCCAAUCUGUAUCAGAUGGCACCCAAGGACACAGCUCUGGUCCUGGCCAUGGUCUCUUUGAUGCUUCACUUCAACUGGAACUGGGUUGGGCUGGCCAUCUCAGAUGAUGACCAGGGUCUUCAAUUUCUCUCAGAUCUGAGAAGAGAAAGUGAAGUCCAAAGAGUCUGCUUAGCCUUUGUGAUUGUGAUCCCAGUCAACAUGGAGUUAUACAUGUCAAGAGCUGAAGUGUAUAACAAGCAAAUUGAGACAUCAUCCACAAAUGUUGUUAUCAUUUAUGGUGACACAGACAGUACUCUAGCUGUGUGCUUCAGAAUCUGGGUAUCACAGGGUAUACAGAGAAUAUGGGUCACCACCUCACAGUGGGAUGUCACUACAAGUAAGGGAGACUUCACAGUUGACUCAUUCCAAUGGACUCUUGCUUUUGCACACCACCAUGCUGAGAUUUCUGGUUUUAAAAAUUUUGUUCAGACACUGAACCUUUCCAAAUACACAGACAUAUCCCUGGCAGGACUGGAGUGGAUGUACUUUAGCUGUGAAGCCUCCACAUCUAACUGUAAGACACUGGAGAACUGCUCAUUGAAUGUCUCACUGGAAUGGUUAACGCUACAGAGUUUUGACAUGGCCUUCAGUGAUGAUGCUUAUGAUAUAUACAAUGCUGUGUAUGCUAUGGCCCAUGCCCUCCAUGAAAUGCUUCUUCAACAAGGAGAAAACCAGCCAAUGAACACUGUGAGAUCAUUAGAUUCUGACUGCUCACAGCUCUGCUUUGUGUCAAGUUGA